AUGGGUCGUUUACGUCGUUCUCGAGCCCACCAUGCGCGGAGAGAUGUUCAAAGAGGUGCCAGAACACGAGUCAGGACUCGCGAUUUGGAUAUGAUCCAACUUAUUGACCUGGAUCCAAAAAACAGAGCAGCUCUAGAAGCACAAGCGAUUGAUUACGAAAAACCUGGUCUUGCUCAACACUACUGCGUCGAAUGUGCAAAAUACUUCGAGACAGAUGCUGCUCUUCAAUCCCACUGGCGUAGCAAAGUGCACAAAAGACGGCUCAAGCAGCUUCGUGAACCUGCAUACACGAUCGAGGAGUCGGAACGUGCAGCUGGGCUGGGUCGAGAGAACAGGCGGCCUCAGACAGUAUCUUCGACGACGAUGGAGACGGAUAUGAUGGGCACGGCGUAG